AUGGCCUCUUUCGCCGCCCUUCCGCUGGCCGCUCUCCUGGUGCUGGCCGUCUCGUGGGCAUGGGAGCACCUCGUGUGGAGGCCCUACGCCAUAGCCAGGAGGCACAGGGCGCAAGGGAUCCAUGGCCCCCCAUACAGGUUCCUCAAGGGCUCCAACGAGGAGGUGAGGCGGAUGAAGGCGGAGACGGCCGACGUGGUGCUCGACGUCCGCGACCACAACUACCUCCCCAGGGUCGCGCCGCACUUCCUCAAGUGGAGGGCACAGUAUGGAGAGCCAUUUCUGUUCUGGUUUGGUGCCAAGCCCCGGAUCUGUGUCUUUGACUACGAGUUGGUUAGGCAGAUCCUUUCAAGCAAAUCCGGACACUUUCCGAAGAACGACGCGCACCCGAACGUGUUGGAAUUGCUCGGCAAGGGCCUGGUGUUGGUGAACGGUGUGGAUUGGGUGCGCCAUCGCAGGGUCAUCAACCCUGCUUUUGCAAUGGAUAAGAUAAAGGCGAUGACGGAAACGAUGGUGUCUUGUGCCCAACGCACGUUCAGUGUGUUUGAAGAUCAGGCAUGCAAGAACACAAAUAGAGAAAUCCUAGUGGAAUUCGACAAAGCAGUCCAAGGGUUAACAGCAGAUAUCAUAUCCCACACAGCCUUCGGAAGUAGCUACAAAUUAGGAAUGGAAGCCUUCCAUGCCCAGAAAGAGCUCCAGUCAAUCGCCAUAUCCAGUUUACUUAAUGUGCAGAUACCAGGAUUCAGCUAUCUGCCCACAAAAAGGAAUAGGAGGAAGUGGAUGCUUGAAAAGAAGCUUCGAAGCACGCUCAUGCGUGUCAUAAACUCGCGGUUAGCGUCGAAGGGGAGCGGAUAUGGAAAUGACCUACUUGGUUUGAUGUUUGAGGGCUGCACUACGACAGUGCAAGGGGGCAAGCAGGAGCAGCUAAGCUUGAGCAUGGAGGAGAUCCUACACGAGUGCAAAACAUUCUUCUUCGCCGGUUACGAAACGACAUCGCUUCUGCUCACCUGGACAGUGUUCUUGCUCAGUGUGUACCCAGAGUGGCAGGAGAGGCUACGGGAGGAGGUCUUGAGGGAGAUGAUGAUGGUCCUCCAUGAAGCCCUGAGGCUCUACGGCCCUGCUCUUUUCAUGCAGAGGAAGACCAUAACUGACAUGGUGGUCGGAGCCAUAACAAUCCCCAAGGACCAUGCAGUUGUCAUAGGCGCCCCAUUCAUGCACCGGGAUAAAAAGGUCUGGGGUGAGGAUGCGGAUCAGUUCAACCCGAUGAGAUUCGCGAACGGGGUCGCCAGAGCGGCGAAGGUUCCACACGCCCUGCUGGCGUUCUCGAUCGGGCCGAGGGCGUGCAUCGGCCAGAACUUUGCGAUGCUCGAAGCCAAAUCCGUGAUGGUGACGGUUCUGCAGAAGUUCUCGUUCGCUCUCUCCCCGAGCUAUGUCCACGCUCCUGCGGAUUUCCUCACUCUGCAGCCUAAGUUUGGCCUCCCCGUCGUUAUGAAGCUGCUGGAUAUAUGA